CAUGCCAAACAGGUUGGCCAACCGUUUGCUCUACAGGUAGAUUUGGAGUCUCCACGACAGCUGCAGGUGUGGCAGAAAGAAACGUUUUAUUUGAAAGACUAAGAAAAAGAAGAACCGCCUCAUCAUGGGAUCUUUAUGGGAUGACCUAGAGGGUCUUGUGAACUCACCUGUGUCGUCUUCUGCUCAAAACGGACACAGAGGAACCAUCAAGCCUAAAGCAAAUUUCGAUGCUAAAGAAGAUGCUGCAGCUCUGAAAGAAGCCAUUGAAGGAUUCGGAACUAAUGAGAAGGUCCUGAUUGAAAUUUUGACACAAAGAAGCAACGCUCAAAGGCAGCUCAUCUGUAAAGCAUAUGAAAAAGAGACUGGCAGAACGCUGGAAAAAGACCUGAAAGGAGACACCGGUGGCGACUUUGAAGACCUUCUGGUGGCGCUUAUCACUCCCCCAGCAGCGUUUGACUGCCAUGAAGUCAUACGGGCCAUGAAAGGAGCCGGUACAAAAGAGAAAAUCCUGAUUGAAAUAUUUGCCUCCAGGACCAACCAACAAAUCAGAGCUAUUCAGGAGGUCUUCUUAAAAGAAGAAGAGAAGAAGCUGACGGAUGAGCUGGAGAGCGAUGUCUCUGGAGAUUUAUCCAAAGCGCUUCUCAUCCUCGCAGGGGCUGAGAGAGAUGAGGACAAUUCUGUAAACGUAGAAAAGGCAAAGCAAGAUGCUGAGACCCUUUACAAAGCCGGGGAGAAGAAGUGGGGCACAGAUGAGUCCAAGUUUAUCGAGAUCCUGUGCAGAAGAAGCAUUCCUCAGCUCAGACAGACUUUCUUCGAGUACUUGAACAUCAGUGGAAAGACGCUGCAACAGAGCAUCGAAGGAGAGAUGUCUGGAGAGCUGGAAGAGCUGCUGGUGGCUAUUGUGAAAUGCGCCAAGAGUUUACCCGUGUACUUUGCAGAACUCCUGCAUGAGAGCAUGAAGGGGGGCGGUACCCAUGAAUCCACUCUGACCCGGAUCCUGGUGAGCCGAUCUGAGAUCGACCUGCUGGACAUCAGAGCGGAGUUCAAGAAGCUCUAUGAAGAAUCUCUGUUCUCUGCCCUCGAUUCUGAUGUGGGAGGAGAGUACGGCGAUUGCAUCAAGGCGAUCUGUGGAGGAGAUGACUAACACAGCAUCCAUCUAAAGCUACAAAAAAGGAUGUUUUCUUUCUCAUACAGUCAUUCGUGAUCAGGGGUUUUUCUAAUUAGAGGUUUAAUCAUGAAU